AUGCCAACCGUCUCCUCCUUUGAACAUGUUGCUCUCAAACUCCCUGGUUCCCCCCCUCUCAUAAUUGCUAUUAUCUACCGCCCACCUAAACCAAGCCCAGAUUUUCUGACUGACCUUUCUGACCUCCUCACACAGCUCUGUGCCCUCUCCCCAUCCGUUCUCCUCCUCUGUGACUUCAACAUCCACAUUGACAACCCCAGUUGCAGUCUAGCCCGUGAAUGCUUCAGCUUCACCCAACACUGCCAUUUCCCCACCCAUAACCAUGGCUACAUCCUGGACCUUAUCUGUUCAACCGGCCCCCCCCCCCCCCCCUGCCACGAUCUCCAUAUCGCUGAUCACUUACUUAUCAAAACAGUUAUAACCCUCCCCGACCCACCCACCAGACUCAAACGAACCAUCAACUUCCGGAACCUCAAAUCAAUCAGCCCAUCUGCCCUCACCGCCGCUCUCUCUCUCAACCUCACCACAUCACCCUCACAAGCGUCCGAUAACCCCUCUGAUCUUGUCACCUACUACAACCAGACCCUCUCCUCCUGUCUGAACCUACUUGCCCCUGUAAAAAGCAAAUCCGUCACAUUCGCCUGCUCUGCUCCUUGGUACACCCCAGCACUCCACCAGCUGAAACAAAAAAAACGCCAACUUUAA